AGAUCUUCCAAGAUGAGCUACAUCGCCCGCCGCGGUCUCUCGACCUUGAUCCCUCCCAAGAUCGCUUCCCCCAACGCGAUCGGUGCUGCCAAGGAUGCUGCCCGCAUGGACCGCGUCGUGAACUUCUACGCCAGACUCCCCCGUGGCGCUGCCCCUGAAGUCAAGCCCACUGGUAUCAUCGGCCGUUACCAGGCUCGCUACUUCGGAAAGAACCCCUCUGCUGCUCCCCUCGCCCACGCUAUCGGCACCAUCCUGAUCCUGGGUUACAGCAUGGAGUACUACUUCCACCUCCGUCACCACAAGAACCACCCCCACUAAGCGAUUCGCUUCGUGGAUCUUGGGCGCGGGAGAACCUGUGUAUAUACCACACACUCUACAAUGAAGACGAUGUAGAAGAAUCAAACUUGUACCACCUCACUACCGUGCCCUUCCUCGAAACCCAGGUCGUUUCCUUAUCUAUCUAGAUCCUGCUUAUCGAGUAUGUCUCUCAUGUUUCAGGAUUAUUGCAUAUGUAGUCCUACAAUGCCACGAGUAGUCUGUGGCUGUGCAUAGCACGG